AUGGCAAAGACUUUCCAGAUUCAGCCAAACGUUGGGGUUGGCCUCCGCCUCUUUCUACACUCCCAGCUCUUCGUAACUCCUCCCUAUCCCGAGGCUUCCUUUUCCGGAAAGACGGUCAUAGUCACCGGUUCAAACGUUGGGCUAGGGCUUGAGGCUGCUCGCCACUUCUAUAGACUCAAUGCGUCUAAACUGAUCCUUGCGGUCCGGACUAUUGCCAAAGGUGAAGCAGCGAAGGAGGAUAUCCUGAAAAGUGUUGGUGGCCGAAAUGAUGCCGACGCCAUCGAAGUCUGGCCACUAGACCAGGCGAGCAACCAGUCAACUAUUGACUUUAUGGAGCGGGUUCUGACGGAGCUGCCACGCCUCGACGCCGUCGUGUUGAACGCAGGUAUCAACACGAAGAUUUUCAAGGUCGUCGAGGGCCACGAGCAGACGACACAAGUAAAUGUGCUGAAUACGUUCCUUCUGGUGUUGGGGCUGUUACCAAAGCUCCACCAAACGAAGACUGAAUUUCCGGACUCGAUGCCGCAUAUAACGGUUGUGAGCUCAGAGGCCCACCGCCUGACCACCUUCCCAGAAAUCAACGCCUCUGACCUUUAUGCGCGGUUGAACGAAGAAGAGUCGUACAAUGGACAGAAAAGAUACGAAGUGACAAAGCUCCUGGAGAUUCUCCUGGUCCGCGAACUUGUGGCGAUGCUGAAGUCGGGCCCCGGUUUCAAUGCUCACCCAGUUAUCCUCAACGUUGUCAACCCAGGCCUCUGUUACAGCACUCUCAGCCGCGAGAGUAGCUCGUUGGGGCUUCGCCUCAUGUAUAAGCUUUUGGGACGGACGGGAGAAGUGGGCGGUCGGUGUUUGGUGCUGGCUGCGUCCGCGCCUGAGGACUCGCUUGGAGAGUUCCAGAGCGAUGGAAAAAAUCAGAACGUGGAGGAUUGGAUUUAUACUGACUUGGGAGAUGAAGUCCAGAAGAGGGUAUGGUCGCAAACUGUACCGAUCUUGGAGGCUAGGAAGCCAGGGAUUCUGAAGACCGCAGGGCUCUAA